AUGCUCUCGAAUCUAAAGUGCUCUUGGAUAGGGGGCAAUAUUUCCUUCUUGCUAUCUGCUGUUUCAUGUUGUGCUAUCAUUGCAUCAUGGAUGAUCCUCAAGUUUCAAACACCACUCUCGGAAACUGAUUAUAUCCUCAAGAUAUCCAAUUUCCUCUCCGAGGACCCUAUCCGGGAUAUACACUUUGAAAUCCCCAUUUUUAUUACUUCUUAUGAUAAAUUCAAGUUCCUCGACUUGGCAGAAGCCACUCAGGUCCAGCUUGACUACAAGCUUGGUCAGCUAGAUCUAAAUUUCCAAGGCUAUAGGUUUCUGCUAAUUAACAAUCCGUAUAUUGAAGAAAUUGGAGACUAUCAGUAUGCUAAAUCGAUCAGAGAAAACCAAUUAUACGAAAUUAGACUAUUUCUUGGGGAAUCAGACGCAAUAUAUACUGAUCCGUUCCAAAAUUUCGCGGUGUUGUAUCAUACCAUGGAAACUAUCAAUAGUAAUGAUCUUCCUUAUUUCAUCACCCAACUCAUUAUUAAUAGCUUCUUCAGUGAUGAACUAUCGUUUUUUCAAAAAGGAAAUCUUGCAGGAACAAAGGACUUGGAGACUUAUUUCGCCAUGGGGAAAUCUAGCGUUGACAGCAAAGUGAAUGUUAAUUUCAUAAUAUUGUCAGAAAAAAAGGUGGUUGGUGUUGAAACAAAAGCACAUGAGGUCCUUGAAAGUUAUAUGAAUACUAUCAAUUGUAUCUAUGACAAAAUCCUUCAUUUCGAUUUCAGCUUAGAGGUACAGCGAACACAUACCUAUGCAAUCGAUAGAUCAGAUGUAUGGGAUUAUGAUCAAGAAUCCCAUGUAAUUUCGUUAAAUGAUGAUGUCACCUAUGUUGACAUCAGGGAUGAUUUUUACCAGGAAGAUCCAAUAACGUUGAAUGAUUUUUCCAACUUUAAUUUCUUAUUUCCAAUCCCGGGGGAUUCGAAUCUUAAAGUUCAUCCUCUAUCCAAUUCUUCAAUUUUCAAAUCAUCAUCAACAAAAUCUUUAUUUUUCAUCAAUCAUGUACCGGAAGAUUCUAAUAUUGACAAUGAAUAUUUUGUCGGUAUCGACCAAUUCAAUAAUGUGCUUGGAAUUGCAUUAUUGAACCUAUAUUUAUCGCUUUCUCUCCCGGAUCCCGGAUAUCAAACAUUAAGACUUGAUCUACUAACCCGUAUUACUAUUAUCAAGAGUCUCUAUAAAUUUUCAGGGUACAUGAGGCAGAUUAGUGAAAUUCUUAGGCUUGAUGGAAAAAAUGUCAGGGCUGUGCUACUGACAGAAAAGAUUAUUUAUCUUCUUGAACUACGAAAUGAAGCAGUAAGGUUGGCCAGCGAUAACGCGACAAUCAGCUUAGAGGGCUUCACCAAUGCUUUGAACCGCAUACUUUUGGCAAAUAUGGAAGCCAAAAAAAUUAUAGAUGUCUUGCUAAAUCAUCAUUAG